CAUGGAUUUUUGUAUUGUUGUUCCUUACCGGCGAAGAAAAAAAUUGAAAUUAGCUUUUUUUUUUUUUUUGAAAAGAAAAUUAGCUAUUUAUUUAUAGUGUUCAUUUUCGAAUAUCAGUUCAUCAGAUAAAAAAUGGAGGAGCCUCUCCUUUCAGAGAAGACGAGUAAUUUGGGAGAGAAAGAAAGCGAGAGAUGGAGUUCUUAUCAGUACGUAGGCCGGACUGGGACGGUAAUUCCCACCUCGUCGUUGGCGGGAACCGAACUCAGCGUCGAAGAAAUUCGGUCCGCCGCGGCUUCUGAUCACUACCCUCCUUCCUUGCAUGCUGCCUUGAUCAGUUCGCCCGAGCCUGAUCCUAAUGAGCAAGCGAUUGUUUAUCAAGGUGGUGGUCCUGGUGGAUAUGGAGGAGACUAUGGUGGCACAACCACUGGCUUUCGAGGGCAAAUAUUGGAUGAGGUUGAGAUACGGGAGUUGCUCAUUGAUCAUGUUGGUCAUCGUUGUUGUUGGGGAAGUCGUCCAGCUCGGACUUGGAAGAUUCAUACAGUGGAAGACUGCAAUGUAUAUGUGGGAACUCUUGACACGUUUGUGGAGGAAAGAGAAAUUAUAAGAGAAACAAAGCCUUAUUUCGGUGGCAAUAUUGAUGGAAAAGAUAAGGGGCCUGAACUUGGUGUAUGGGAAUUGGAUCUAAGAUCUCAAUUUCCUGUUCUCUUUGUACCUCAGAAAGAAACACGGAAUAAGAUUCCACAUUCUGAAUUUAUUGAGAAAUGCACAGAUUGUGAAGGCCGGGGAGUUAUUGUCUGUCCAACAUGCAAUGCCAAUCAAGAGCCUGGAUUUUAUAAGGAGAAUCAGAUGUUUCAAUGCUCUGCCUGCUAUGGAAGGGGUUUGAUUGCUCAUAGAGAUGGAUCUGACACAAUAUGUACAAAUUGUUCUGGCAAGGGAAAGAUUCCUUGUGGAACUUGUGGUUCUCGUGGACUGAUAAAAUGUGAGAAAUGCAGUGGAAGUGGCUCGCUUUUGACGUGCAGUGUUGCUAUCGUUAGAUGGAAGACACUGUCAACUCGAAAAGUUAGUGCAAGAAGUGGAGCAGCUUCAGUUCCAGAUGAGGUUUUUCAUAGAGCCAAAGGGGUUCAGUUGUGCAACACACAAGCAUAUCAAUGUACUCCAGCCUUUUUUGCUGACUCAUUCUUCCUUAAUAAGUUUUCUUCUGAAGUAAUUGCAGAGAGGCCCUCCGUAUCUCCCACUGCCAGGGUUAUAUGCGAGAGGCAUACAAUCUCUGUGGUGCCAGUGACACGCAUCACCAUGGUUCAUCGCAAUCGUUCUUUUAGUUUCUAUAUAAUUGGUUUAAGCAGGGAGGUGUACCUUAAGGACUAUUAUCCUUCUAGGUUUUGCUGGGGACUAUGUCCUUGCUUGGAAUGGUUGAAGUUAUAGGAACUAUCUUUUUUUAGUUGUCCCUUUUUCCGGAUUUGGCAGCUCAAUAAGUAAAGGAGGAUUUCUGUUUCUGUAUCAGCCAUGUUUGGGAGUUCACUCUGCUUUAAUCAGUGAAAGAGUUGCGGCUAUCUCAUGUUCAAAGAUUUCUUCUUGUACUUCCUUUUAUGUAUAUUAUGUUCAUCUUUUAUGGAUUAAGAGGGAUACCUUCAGAAUGAAAUUAAUUUUAUUGUUAGUAGUUUUGUUGUUUUUAUUUUGAAUAUUAACGUUGGUUGUGUUAUCUGAACUUUUAUUGCCUUA